CCGGAACUGGUAAAUAUCCCCCUUGCUGCACCAGUGACUUUUCGUGGGAGGGGAGGGCGAUCCCGAGAAUGGGAAGCCUUCUCAUUCCAAACAAAGAGGGAGCUGUGCAAGGCACAGAAGGAGUUUGGGAGGGGUAGCGAGUAUUUUAAAGGGUUAUUAAAGGCUACCUUCUCAGCAAACGAAAUGGUUCCCCAUGAUCUAAAGGAGUUGUUUUCCUGUCUCCUUUCCUCAGCCGAUUUCAGGCUGUGGAAACAGGGAUGGAAGAGAUCAUUGGAAACCAUCCUUCCAGAGCUUUUGCACAGUAAUGAAACUGCGGAUGACGCAGAUGGAGUCCCUCUAACUUUGGAACACUUGUGUGGUGAAGGGGAUUGGGAUAAACCGGAAGAGCAGGCCAGGGUGUUGCCCCGGACUGUGAUAAAAAAAAUCAUGGAAACUGCUGAGAAGGUAUUUUAUACCUUGCCUGAGGAGGGACCCCAAGUUAAUUUGAUGAGUAUUUACCAGCUCCCAGAUGAGCCCUUCAAUAAAUUUGUUGAUAGAUUACAGAAGCAGGUAGAAAGACAAGUUGAAAAGGCGGAGCUCCAGGAACAGCUGGUGUUAGAAGUGGCGAAGGCGAACGCCAACGAGCUUUGCCGUCAAAUCAUCUUCAGCCUGCCGCUCUAUCCUACCCCGACGCUGGACACCCUGAUUGAAGCAUGCACCAAGAAAGCUCCAAUGACAGGGAUGUCCAGGGCCGUACCACCACCGACAUCGAGGAGGAUACCAACCGCAGCCGUGACGCAGUCAGUGCCAGCAACACCAGCGCGUCCACCACUGCAUUGUUAUCGCUGCGGACAACCAGGGCACAUGGCUAGGGAUUGCCCAGCAGCACACCCUAGCCAAGGGAGCAACUUGGGGGCGAGGGCAAAAGAAGGUUCAAUAAAAAAAAACUAGGGGAGCGGCGCGAACCUGCCCCGCGCGAUGCUACAAAUGGGGCAGGUCUCGCGGGGGAGGGGGGCUCACAUUCCCAGGCUUGGACAAUCUACCGGACACGACAUUUGAUAACCGUGAGAGACAUCCUUUUUCGGUCCCAGCACUGGACAGUAGUUGCUGUGGACCCACUGGAGGGAAACCGGAUGGACAACAGACACGUGUAUUCCCCUACACCCUGAAGAUGCUCCGCGGUUUGCCUUCUCGGUUCCAACCCUUAACCGAGAAGCCCCAAUGAGGAGAUUCCACUGGCGGGUAUUGCCCCAGGGCAUGAAGAACUCACCCACUAUCUGCCAGUGGUAUGUCGCCUCAUUGCUGUCCCCUUUGCGCGCCGAAAUGGGGGAGGUCAUCAUCCAUCAUUACAUGGAUGAUGUCCUGGU